AUGGACGGAACUUGGGGUCCCAUGAUGUGGAUGAUGUUGCCGUUUUCGUUGGCCCUUCUCACGGUUAUAGGUACACAGCUAAAAUUUAAACCUCGCCGCUCUCGCGCUUACAGGCGUUGUGUCAUAAAUAAAAGGAGAUCAAAAGAUGAAAUAGCAGUUUAUGGAAAAGGUAGAAUUGGUAAAUCAACCACUAGUUGUAAUAUUUCAAUUGCCUUAACUAGACGUUGUGAAAAAGUGUUACAGAUUGGAUGUGAUCCCAAACAUGAUAGCACUUUUACUCUGGCAAUAUUUUUGAUACCUAUAAUUAUAGAUACUUUGCAGCCCAAAGAUUAUCAUUAUGAAGAUAUUUGGUCCAAAGAUGUCAUUCAUAAAGGUUAUAGAGGGGUAGAUUGUGUGGAAGCUAGGGGACCACCUAUAGGAGCUGGAUAUGUGGGAUAUGUAGUAGGAGAGAUUGCAAAAUUGUUAAAAGAAUUAAAUGCAUUUUACGAAUAUGAUAUAAUAUUAUUUGAUAUGUUGGGCGAUGUGGUUUGUGGAGGUUUUGCUACUUCACUGAACUAUGAAAAUUAUUGUGUCAUUAUUGCAGAUAAUGAAUUUGAUGCAUUAUUUGCAGCUAAACGUAUUAUUGCUUCUAUCAGGGAAAAAGCUCAUACACAUCCAUUGAGAUUAGUAGGUUUGGUUGGAAAUCAUACAUCUAAAAGAGAGCUUAUCAAUAAAUAUGUAGAAGCUUGUCCAAUGCCCGUAAUAGAAGUGUUACCUCUUAUUGAACAUAUUCAAGUUCCGAGAAUCAAGGGAAAAACUUUAUUUGAAAUGGUUGGAUCUGAACCAUUUAUUAACUAUGUAUGUGAAUAUUAUUUAGACAUAGUGGAUCAAAUAUUAUCCCAACCAGAAGGUAUUGUGCCAAAGGAGAUUCCAAAUCAGGAAUUAUUCAGUUUUCUCUUUGACCUUUAUCUCAAUCCUAUUGAUGAGGGGAAAAAUCAAAAUAAUAAGGAAAAUUUACUUGGAUUUACAACCAUUUAA